AUGGAGGAAGAUCAAACUGACAUUAGUCAAAACAUCGGUGCUGAGGAGGGAAAAGCUGAUGCAAGGCUGCAAUCAGGAGAUCCGACAAGCCGAUCGGAUACUCCAGUAAUAGAGAGACAAGCUGAAGAGGACGACAGUGCAGCAGCAGGUGCUACUGCAAGAGAGCAACCACCAACGAACAACAGGGGAAAUACCGAAAUCAAUAUAGAGGGCGAUAAAAACCGCGUCAGAGUGGGAGAUGGACCUACAUAUAAUAUCUUUGUGAUUCCGAUGAUGAUGGACGUAUCGGAUGGCGGGCAGACGGACAAUGCAAUGACACGCCAAUCAUAUAAAGUACUUCACGAUGGAAACCUUGAUGUCAUUCAAAUACUUCGAGAUAUCGUGAAGAAACAUGACGAAACCACCAUCGCCAGCGCAACGAUGGGAUCAGUGAAAUUCAUCCUGCAUGUCAGAAGUCGCAAAGGCCUUGACAGCCUGUGGAAGGAUUACUGCUCCGGGAAACUUGCUCGUGAGUUCGGUGAGGUGCUCGUCACUGACGAACUCACCACCGAGGACAAGAGUUACAUGACAAUCAGGCUGAAGAUACUGGAACGCGACUACGAGAAAGGAUGCCGAUUCUUUGAACCUUUGCAACCUGAUCCCACAAAACGAGUGUUACCAGUGCGCAUGUCGGACUGGACAGUGGAGCAUGUACGGCAAUGGCUUCUGGAUACCGGGGUGUCUUAUUUCGUUGCCGACGAAAUGUACGAGGGAAGCAUAGACGGAAGAGUGUUGGAAAUGUACACAAAAGAUGAUUUGAAUGACGACUACGGAGCGAUGACGAAACGCGACAUGCGUCUUAUUUUAUACAGCAGGGAACGCUGGUUGGAGUCUGAAAAGCAACGACGAAACCCACUGAGACAAGAAGCAGGCAUCGAAUGGGAUAUGCAAAACCAACCCAUGCCGUUAACAUCAGAUCCAAAGGAACUUCAGGCUGACAAAAGUUCUCAACCCGCAGUUCGUCCCAAAGCACCAAGGAUUCGUGACAAGCCAAGUCGAAAGAAAAAGAAAGCGAAGAAAGUUGCCACUGUGCUUCCGCAGCAAAGCCUUGAAACUACUUCGAUGCUUCAACAGUCUGAUCAACCUGAAGAAGACCUCGACAUCACUGAUCAACCACAUGCCCGCCAGCCACCUUUGCAGGCUGUCGACGAAGUGCAGCACCAUGAGGCCAAAUCCCGGGAGCCACAGGCAAAGGAGAAAGACAUGCCACCAGUUGAUGGUCAUGCAUCGAUAGCACGUAAGAUAUCAGAAGUCGCAACGACUGACGAGGCCAGGCUUCGUAUGUUACUCACGGGCGACGAACGUGGUGAGCUUGACCAGUCGUAUUAUCCAGUGCUCAUUGCAAACAAACCUGCAACGCCAGCUGGGAAUGACACAGACGCAAUCGCACGUCAAUUUGGAUUCAUUAAGACAAUCAAGUGGACCACCGUCCUAGACUUUAAUUCGAAAUCCAAAGUGGAUGGGCUAUGCAAGCUGUACCAUGGCGAUCGAAUGGUCUCUCUGCAACAGCCGGAACUAUUCAAACGCAUCGAGUCCGAUGAAGAGUUCCGGAAUACAAUCGAAUUUCCCGAAAAGACAGUCUGGGUGUUCGCAAAUGGGCGUGAAGACGACCAGAAUAUCCAGGCACCUAAGAUGGCCCUGCCUGAAUGGCACAAAGAACGCCGUAGAGAUGUAGAAGCUUCGGUGACAUUCUUCUCUCAACCAUCGGUGAUACCGCAAGGUCGUGCUGUGAUCAUGUUCCUGCUGCUAUCUGAAGAUGACAUCGACAUCCUCUGCGACACUUUUGGGAAACUGUCGUCAUCUUUUCAAAGCCUACAGAACAUCGUCUGCAUCGCCGAAGACCAAGAGCUUUAUUCCAAGUUUGUGAGUUAUGUUACAAGGUGGUUUUCCCAAGAUGAAAUCGACAAAAGGAGUUUGGUGGGGCUUGACUGGCAAGAGAUAAACAGAAUCAUGAUGCGAAUGAAUGGCGUGAACCAGACCACCAAGAAUAAACUUCCUUCCAACUUGCGGCCAGGGCAGUGUUUUCUUUCAGAGAAACAGAAGGACGAAUGGAAUCACAUUACUGUUGUGUGCAAGAAUGAAUGCGAAAAUACCGAUAUGGACGAUACCAGUCCAAGCUACCAGCAGUUUGUUAAAAGAAAGGAGCUAGACUUUUACCACGGUGAGAAAGUUGAUUGGUGGAAUUUCGCAAUCGGUGAAAAAGAGAAAAAGAUUCGCCAAACCUGCGGUCACGUUUUAAAAAGAAAAGGUUUUGGGGAGGUCCUAAGGAAAGUCAGAAAACCACUGGAUAGUUCGAGGAGUGGAGAUAGCUUGAUUGUCACGGUGACACUUCUACACCAACCUGGCGCUGGUGGUAGCACUUUAGCUCGCCAUGUCUUGUGGGAACUUCACAAAGAUUACCGAUGUGUGGUAGUUAACCGAGUUACGAGUCGCACAGUCAAUCAAAUAAUGGAGGUGAGACAGUACGGUUAUGGCAAGGAACAGGCUAGAAAAAUCCUCCCAGUGUGCGUGCUUGUUGACAAUCUCGAUGAUGUUGAAGUGCUGGAUUUGAUAGCAGACUUAGAAGAGAAAUCAAAGUAUGUUCGUGUGGAUGGUGGAGCAGUCUGCGUCCUGCUUCAUUGCAAGCGUAAUGCAGACCCGCAUAAGGCCAUCAAAGCCAAAGAUAGGGAUCCCGACCUCUAUAUUCCCUUGACUCAGAAGCUUAAUCAAACUGAAAAAAAGUGGUUUCAGCAAAAGUACAUUGAAUUGGAACACAAAGAAAACGAGUACAAAACAGGAGAUUACACUCCUGACAAUCUCCUUGCCUUCAUGGUGAUGAAGGAGGAAUUCAACAAGGAGUAUAUAACAAAUGUCGUUUCGAGGAUACUUCAAGACAUCAAGGGGAACGAGCUGAAGCUGAUUAAACUGUGUGCCCUUGUGAACUCCCACAUACAUGAAGCUGACAUUCCUAUCUCUUGCUGUGACACGUUUAUGGCCGGUACAUGGGCCAAAGGGAAGACGAUACACUUCACCAGACAUACUUUGAACUGGGAAAAGUCAGUUUCAGCCUCAUUUAGGAUUAUGGUGGUUCUCACGGAAAACCGAACCAUCAAGAUUUUACAUAAGAGCAUAGCUGAGGAGGCUUUGAAGCAAACCCUGCGAGAAAGCGGGGACCAAUCGCUGGCGGAUGUGACACUGGAGUUUCUGGACAGUGAUCUGCUUCGCUCAAGUUCUUACAGCAGAAAAAAUCUGGCAAAAACAACGCAUGAUUUACUCAUCAGGAGGGAGCGUGUAGAGGACAUGAAGACAGAAUUUUCGGUUCUCAUUGAAGAUAUUUGCGAGAAGCAGGGAUCGGAAAAGGCCAUACAAAUCUUGAAAAAGGGCGUUGAAAUACUUGAAGACGCCUUUGUCGCACAACAGCUUGCAAGAUUUUAUCUCAUAAAAGAGAAGGAUUUCGAAAUGGCGCACACCUUUGCUGUAAGGGCGUUAGAUAUCAAUCCCCAAAACCCUUAUUUUUGGGAUACAAAAGGUCGUGUUUACAAAGCACAUUUUGACACCCUUACUGAACCAUACGUACUUGACCAGCAACCCCUUAGUGAUGAAGUAUGGAACGAAGUAUAUUCCUUGUCCUUCGAAGCCAUGAAAACCUUUCACAAGUCAUAUGAAGUCUCAAAAGAAUCGGCACCAACGCGAAUCGAGUACACUGGAUUAUAUACUGAGCUCAAUGUGGCCUUCCGUCUACUGCAAGUUAUCCAUCUAUGUGUGGAGCCCUUCAGAACCCAGGGUGAUAUCAAUGUUCUGAAGAUGUACCUCCUGAAGUUAAACCUGCCCACGGGCGUUUGUCUCCCAUCGUGGGACAGUGAGACCCAUACUCAAGUUAGGGACUUGAAAUAUAGGGUGGAUGAAGUGUUGGAAAUAAUGGACGGCAAAACUACAUACUACAAGGAUGGCUCGACUGCAAAUAUUGCUGGCCAGAAAUUGGAUGAAAUGAGAGAGAACAUUAAGAAAUAUUCCACGAUAUACAAAAAGUACUAUGGAGAGCCGCAACCAAAGCAAAAAACGAGGUACACUGAUACGGAUCCCAUGAGUGUUGCCGAGUAUCGGCGCAGAUGCGUAGACGAACUGCGCUGCGGUAGUUUCCGCGAAAUCUUUGAUCGGGCAAAAGCCAAACAGCGGAAAGUUCUCGAGGAAUCCCGGGAUCUCCUGUUGCAGAAUUCAAGUCAUUUCAAUUCGUUUGACUUGAAAAAUCUGAUUUGCAUACAUCUGGCCCUCUCCUCGCUGGGAGAAAAGUCCGUGUCGGCUGACUAUGUGUAUCAGGAGUUCGUUCGUCCGUUCUACGCGAUGGAUCGACCUAAAGAUGAAAGCUGCUGGCCCUCAUUCUUGAUGACGAUGUUCUUGUGGCCUAUCACAGGUGUGGCGUCAGAAAGAAGAGACAGAUAUGAUUUAACAGAACACAUAACGGAACUGAAAAAGAGAUGGGAAGUCGAUCGCAAUUUCUCAGAUGCACGGCUGCCACAAGUUUAUGAAAGAGUCAGGCGGCAAAUCAAAUCUCAGAUGAGACCCCGUACGCAUUUCUUUCUGGGCCAAGGCGAAGAUCUGCAGGUGUUUGCUCACAUCACCGAGCUUAGUGCAACUCAGGGUAAGCUCGACAGACGCGAUGCCGGCGACGAUUCCUUUUGGCAGUCUGAACUCGUCAAAGAAAGGCUGGUUCGUUUGGAAGGCACGCUGCUGAAUGCCACUUCCCUGUUGCAUCGCUUUCACAAAGACAAAGACCCCAUCGACAUCAAGUUAGCUGUUCCCUACGAAAAGCUUGCAAGUCAGGAGUCUGUCACCUUCUACCUGGGGUUCAGCUGGAACGGGCCUGUCGCAUAUGAUGUGACAUUAUCGACGGAUACAGAGUGUCGUGACGAUCACACAGUGCAACCAUCUUUUCAUCAAGCCUACCCGAACCACAUCUUGCCGUCAGGCAAAUCUAAGGUCUCGCCGUCUGAUAACCUAUCCAACAUCGGUAAGCUUCAGACGGAGCGUGAAAAGGUGAACAAGAAGAUCGAAGAACUCUCGUCUGCAUCUUUGCAAGAUAGUGAAAAGAUGAAACGGGGCAAGGAUGAAGAAACCAUCCGCAAGAGGCGGACAUACAAGCGUCAGCUGAAGAAAGAACUGAAAAAACUGAAAAAAGAACUCCAGCGUGUGUGGCAGCAAGACGACAUCUACGAUGAUGGAUAUUACUAG